AUGAGAGUUUGGACACGUACAUUAAGUGGUAGACUUUCUAGGAAAUCCUCAUUUUCUUUACAAAACAUGGCCGAAGAAGAUAACCAGUCAAUUCAUAAUGAGAAUAAUGAGAAUAAUCAUGUGAGAACACUUAGAGAUCACAUGAAUCCAACAAGAACAAGUGCACCAUCAUGUAUAGUUUUUCCUCCUGAUGCUUCUCAUUUUAAUUUUAAGCCAGGUAUUAUUCAACUUUUACCCACUUUUCAUGGCUUAGAAUUAGAAAAUCCAUAUUUGCAUUUAAGAGAAUUUGAAGAAGUUUGUAACACCUAUAAUGACUUAAAUUGUAGCAUGAACACCAUCAGAUUAAAGCUUUUUCCUUUUUCAUUAAAAGAUAAAGCUAAAACAUGGCUACAAAAUAUUAGGUCAGGAUCCAUUCGUGCUUGGGAUGAAAUGCAACAACAAUUUUUAAAGAAGUUUUUUCCAUCUCACAGAACAAACUCUUUCAAAAGACAAAUCACCACUUUCACUCAAAAACCAGGAGAAACAUUUUACAAGUGUUGGGAUAGAUAUAAAGACUUGCUUAAUACCUGUCCUCAUCAUGGUUUUGAAACAUGGAGAUUGGUCUCACAAUUUUAUGAAGGGUUAACACCUAAAGAUAGACAAAUGGUGGAAUUGAUGUGCAAUGGAACUUUUGAAGAUAAAGACCCUGAUGAAGCAAUGGAGUACCUAGACUUGCUAGCUGAAAAUGCUCAAAAUUGGGACACCACAGGUACGUGUGAGGCACCAGGUAAAACUCAACCUCAUACAUCUAAUGGAGGCAUGUACAACCUUAGGGAAGAUCAUGACCUCCAAGCCAAAUUUGCAUCUUUAGCUAGAAAAGUUGAGGCACUAGAAUUAAAAAAGAGUGGUCAAAUAAAAUCUGUUCAAGAAAUUCUGUGUCAAAUUUGUGAAACUAAUGAACACUCAACCAAUGAUUGUCCAACUUUGCCUUCUUUUAAGGAGUGUCUCCAUGAACAAUCCAAUGCUUUAAAUAGUUUCCAAAGGCCAAGUCAUAACCCAUACUCGCAAACGUACAACCCUGGUUGGAGAAAUCAUCCAAAUUUCAGUUGGAAGAGUGGUAACAAUAAUGCACAAACUUCACAGCCACCAUUUCAAGCACAACAUAAUUUUCAAAAUUCUCAUGGAUAUGCACCUCCUUAUAUUCCCCCUCCUAGAAGAAAUCUUGAGGAAACACUGCAUGCAUUCAUUGAAAAGCAAGAGACAAUCAACUCUCAAAAUGCUCAAACCAUGACAGAUCUAAAAGAUACUCUUGCAAAGUUCACAUCUGCUCUUAGUUUUCAGGAGAAAGGUAAGUUUCCAUCUCAACCCCAGCAAAAUCCCAAAGGGCAAUACAAUUCAAGUGCAAGUGGUUCCGGAAGCCAACAUAUGGAUCAAGUCAAAUCAGUCACAACUCUCCGCAGUGGUAAGGUUAUUGAAAAACCCGUUCUUGAACCUUGUGAGAAAGAAGAUGAGUUAGUCUCUGAGGGUAAGGAAAGGGUUGAACCUGAACACUGCAAGGAGGAGACCGAUUCCCCACCAGCACUUCCAUUUCCUCAUGCCAUGACCAAACAAAGGAAAGUCAAUCAUAAUUCUGAAAUCUUUGAAACUUUCAAACAGGUAAGGAUCAAUAUACCUUUGUUAGAUGCUAUUAAACAGGUACCGUCUUAUGCUAAAUUUUUGAAAGAUCUGUGCAUUGUGAAGAGAAAACUGAAUGUGAAAAAGAAAGCCUUUUUAGCCGAACAAGUAAGUGCCAUUCUUCAGAAUGAUAAUGCUUUGAAAUAUAAAGACCCUGGUUGUCCUACAAUUUCUUGCUUUAUUGGAGAACAUAAAAUUGAUAGAGCUUUACUUGAUCUUGGAGCUAGUGUGAAUUUACUUCCAUAUUCGGUUUUUCAAAGUCUCAAUCUAGGUGAGUUAAAACCUACUUCUGUAACUCUUUUACUUGCCGAUAGAUCUGUAAAAGUGCCUAGAGGAAUAAUUGAAGAUGUGUUAGUACAAGUUGAUAAAUUCAUCUUUCCUGUGGAUUUUAUUGUCUUGGAUACACAACCUAUUGAAGCAUGCAAUUCAAUUCCUGUUAUUUUAGGACGUCCAUUUCUUGCAACUUCUAAUGCAUUGAUUAAUUGUAGGAAUGGAGUGAUGAAGUUAUCUUUUGGAAACAUGACAUUGGAGAUGAAUGUUUUUAACAUUUGCAAGCAACCUGGAGAUGAUAAUGAUUUACAGGAAGUAGAUUUUAUUGAAAAAUUAAUUUGUGAUCAAUUUGAAAACACUUCCAGUGAAACUGAGUUUAAUGAAUCUGAUGAUUUGCAAAUGGUUUAUUUUCAGGAAGAAUCAAAGGCAAAUAGUUGGAGACUAAAAAUUGAGGAAUUGCCACCACGAUCAAUUGAGUCCAUACCUUCAAGUGUUCAACCACCAAAACCCGAUUUGAAGCCAUUACCAUUUAAUCUCAAAUACUCAUUUUUGGGAGAAAAUGAAACUUUUCCGGUAAUAAUUUCUUCCAAACUUAAUGUUCAUCAAGAAGGUAAGUUAUUACAAACUCUGAAAAUGCACAAAAAUGCAUUAGGAUGGACCAUAGCUGACAUAAAAGGAAUUAGUCCUUUGAUUUGCACACACAAGAUUUAUUUAGAGGAAAAUGCUAAACCCUCUAGAGAAAUGCAACGAAGGCUUAAUCCUAAUAUGAAAGAAGUAGUGAGAAAUGAAGUCAUUAAGCUUCUAGAUAAUGGAAUCAUUUAUCCUAUUUCUGACAGCAAAUGGGUAAGUCCUACCCAAGUUGUACCUAAAAAGUCUGGAGUUACUGUGAUAACAAAUGAGAAGAAUGAGUUAAUUCCAACUAGGACUAUUACUGGUUGGCGCAUGUGCAUUGACUAUAGAAAACUUAAUUCAAUGACUAGAAAAGAUCAUUUUCCUUUACCUUUCAUGGAUCAAAUUCUAGAAAGAGUUGCAGGUCAUGAAUUUUAUUGUUUUCUAGAUGGCUAUUCAGGUUAUAACCAAAUUGAAAUUGCAUUUGAAGAUCAAGAGAAAACUACUUUCACAUGUCCAUUUGGUACAUUUGCAUACCGAAGGAUGCCUUUUGGAUUAUGUAAUGCACCAGCCACGUUUCAAAGAUGCAUGCUUAGCAUAUUCAGUGAUAUGGUUGAACGUUUUCUUGAGAUUUUUAUGGAUGAUUUUUCUGUUUUUGGUGAUUCAUUUGAUGAUUGUUUAACUAACUUGGAAAAGGUUUUGAACAGGUGUGAAGAGAAGAAUCUUGUGCUAAAUUGGGAAAAAUGUCAUUUUAUGGUAACAAACGACAUUGUACUUGGUCACAUUGUUUCAUCAAUAGGAAUUGAGGUUGACAAAUCUAAAAUCGAGUUAAUUGCUAACUUGCCAACACCAAAAUCUGUUAAAAACGUUAGAUCAUUCUUAGGACAUGCUGGUUUUUAUAGAAGGUUCAUCAAAGAUUUUAGUGUAAUAUCUAAGCCAUUGUGUAACCUUCUAACAAAGGAUAAUGUUUUUGAAUGGACUGAACAUUGUGAAGAAGCCUUUGUUAAACUUAAAAACUUGCUUACUUCUGCUCCUGUCAUUCAACCUCCUGAUUGGUCAUUACCUUUUGAAAUAAUGUGUGAUGCUAGUGAUUAUGCCGUGGGUGCUGUUUUAGGACAAAGAAAAGAUAAGAAACCCUAUGUGAUUUACUAUGCAAGUAAAACUUUAAAUAGUGCUCAAAUGAAUUACACCACCACUGAAAAGGAAUUACUUGCAGUAGUAUUUGCAUGUGAAAAAUUCAGAUCUUAUCUUGUUGGCUCACCUGUUAUUAUUUUUAGCGAUCAUGCAGCGUUGAAAUAUCUUCUUUCUAAGAAGGAUUCUAAGGCUAGAUUGGUGCGGUGGAUUUUGUUACUUCAAAAAUUCGAUAUCACAAUCAAGGAUAAGAAAGGCACCGAAAAUGUUGUCGCGGAUCAUUUGUCAAGAUUGACAACUGAUUCGAGAUCUGACAUCACACCAAUCAAUGACUACUUUCCUGAUGAAUCUUUACUUUCUGUCUCUACGAUGCCUUGGUUUGCUAAUAUAGUUAAUUUUCUUGUUUCAGGACAUUUGCCAGCUCAUUGGAGUACCCAAGACAAAAGAAAGUUCUUGAACGAAGUGAAGAACUUUUAUUGGGAUGACCCUUACUUGUUCAAAUAUUGUCCUGAUCAAAUAUUUCGAAGAUGCAUUCCCGACAAUGAGGUAAGUAGUGUCAUUAAAUUUUGUCAUUCUGAGGCAUGUGGGGGUCAUUUCUCAUCAAAGAAGACAGCUGCAAAAAUCUUACAAAGUGGAUUUUAUUGGCCCACCAUGUUCAAAAACUCACAUGCAUUCUGCAAAACUUGUGAAAAAUGUCAAAAUGUGGGAUUUAUUUCAAAGCAUCGAGAGUCUUUAGUUAAUCUUCUAUUGACUCUUAAGUCUCAUCAUAGUGGAGAUAUGCAUCGUGCAAUUCAUGAUUUAUGGCCUCAUUUUCAUAAAGAACAUGAUCGACUUAGUCUUGGGAAUCUGACUAAAAAAGACCCUGUUUGUCAGUUUUUAAGAAAACUGGAUGGGAAGCCUAUCCCCGACCCAUAGAGGGCGUUUAAGCCGUUCUUGGACGUAAAACCAAGGGAAGAUGUGAGCCACAAUCACAGCUGCUUGUACAUACACAUGCUUUUUCAAAAAAAAAAAAAACAAAAAAAAAACAGAGAGAGAGAGAGAAAGUGAGACUCCAGCUAGCCUACAUAUAGGUGGUAUGAUUGCAUUUUCAAUUUCUCAUCUAUAAAAUCUUCUCUUCCUUCCCAUCAUUUCUACUCUACCCAUUCAUUUAAUAGAUAUAGAAGUGUGUAGAAAUGGCCAGUUCCUCUGUUCCUAAAAUAAAAACUAUUUGUGUUUUUUGUGGAUCCAAUCCUGGGAAAGAAAAAGAGUUUUUAGAAUCAGCAAAUCAUCUUGGUCGGGUACUAGCUGAGAGAAAGAUUCAUUUAGUGUAUGGGGGAGGUAGCCUUGGGUUAAUGGGGAGUGUUUCAAUAGCUGCAUUUUUAGGAGGCAGUCAAGUUUUGGGGGUCAUCCCCAAAGCUUUAGCCGAAGGGGACAUCAUUGGAAAAACAGUCGGAGAGGAACUACAGGUCUCCACAAUGUCUGAACGACUAUCUGUAAUGUUUAACCAUGCUGACGCCUUUAUUGCUUUACCAGGUGGUUUGGGAACUUUAGAAGAGAUAUUUUAUAUUUCAUCUUGGGCUCAGCUGAACAUUCACCAGAAACCUAUAAGUUUGCUAAAUGUUAAUGGUUUUUAUAAUACUUUACUGUCUUUUCUUGAUCAUGCUGUGGAACAACAAUUUCUAACAUUUUCAGCGCGACAAAUCCUCCUCUCUGCUACUACUGCUGAACAAUUGAUUGAUGAACUUCAAUCUUUCAUCCCUGUAGUUGAUUCCUCUAUGAGUCGACUUAAUUGGUCAAUCACGGAACGCCGUAAAAAGCUUAGAUUGGAUUUGAGCCUUAGUCUGUGACAACUUGUGUCUUUUGGUUUUAUUAAUGGUAUAAUAUUUGUGUUUUGUUGUUUCUUAUAUUUGUUUAAGUGUGUUUCAGGUUUGUCAGUAGUCGCUGUUUCAGGUGAUGUCUUCUAUACUCUAUCUUUCUACCUUACAACAUUGAGGACAAUGUCUCGUUUUGGUUGGUGGGAGAGGGUAGUAGUUGAUAUUACUAGUUGAUAUUACAAAAAAAAAAAAAAAAAAUUAUUAACUAACUGUGUUUUCUAUUAUUACAACCAUUUGCAAACCUGUUGUUACUAGGAUGGCAGAGUAAAGGAUGAACUUUAGUGACUCUUGAGACGCAUCUUAGUAAACAUUCUUAACAAGGUCUAUUAUAAUACUUCUUGAAAUAUUCAGAUUUACAAACUCUCGCAUUGUUAUCACUUAAUUCUGCUCAUAUACUUAUUUAACAAGUAUUCUUAAACCUUCAUUUUCACACACACACUUUAACAUAUGAUUGUGGGUUGCAUAUUGGAUUAUUACAUUAUUUAUGUUCUUUUGUUAAAGGUAACAACUAAGGGAAAGGGACAGUAUAUAUAUAUAAACAAAAAAAAAACAAAAAAAAAACAAAUAAAUAAAUAAAAAAGUAGAUAAGUUUGGUUUCGUAGCCUCCUUGACUUAAGCAAUUAAGCCCGAAGGGGUGUUUUAACACCUAGUACCCUAAAGUCAACUGACUUGGGAGCUAUUGGCCCAGUGCUUGUUACAUGGGUUAAGGAGAAAAGCUUAAGGGAAUCAAACAUUGCACUAUCUACGUGUCAGUAUCUGCAACCCGAGUUACUAAGCUCGUAGGGGUGUCUCAACACCUGAUGCCCUAAGACCAACUGGUCUGGGAGUCAUUAGCUAAAAGCUCGUUACAUGGGUUCAAGAUACAUUGUAUUAUAAAUUCUUGCUUUCAAAAAAAAAAAAAAAAAAAAAAACAAAAGAGAUAAUAAUCCCAACCCAAGGAAGUUAACCUUAAACAUUGGAACAAAAAUUUUGUUUUCUUCCAUGAAAAGCUCCAUAGCUAUGUUUUGAUUUACUGAGCACAAAAAGAAGGUUUAUUAAUAUCUUGUUUAAGAAGUAUGAAGCAGAUAUAUAAAUUUAAUGAGAGUUUGUUUAUUUGGAUAGAUUAAUGGAAGUUAAAUGAUGAAUACCUUGCUUUGUGGAACUUGCAAAUUGUUUUUGUAUUUUAACGCUUUGAUUACUAGGGACUAGUAAUAAGCUGGUUGGGGGGUGUGAUUAGUACUUAAAAGUGCAUUCUCAUUAAGGCUUUAUAUCAUCGUAUUGCACUAAAGUAUCGUUAAAUUCCCUAACUAAAGCAUGUUUUAUAAUAACAAGUCUAAUAAUAUAAUAUAUCUUUAAUUUAUGAUAAAUGCUUGUUUUGAAUGCAGGUAUAUCUCACAAUUCAAAGGAUUGAUUGCUGUGAUUAACAAUUGAAAGUGAAGAGACAAAAAGAGGAUUAGGCUAAGAGAAGAGAUGCUGGUUCAAUUCCAAACUGGAACACUAUUCGGUUAUUUGAUCAU